UUAGUUAAUCAUCAACGUUUAUCACAUUGUUUGUUUAGUCUAUUAAUAACACACAGUAUUCGUUUAGAGACAGAGCUUUGUCUAUCAUAA